CAGACCAUCAUCUUCGAAUUCACGGGGAUAGCGGUUGCGCCGCGACCACUAACCAAGCCACAAGCAAACAUCAUCUGCGACAAGACCCAUCGCUCCUUGUUUAAUACACAUACCUACAGGCAGAACGGCAAGCUUUCGAGAUCUGUGAGAAAGGCCGCACGAACGGUGACUUUCGCAUCCUGGUGAUAUCGCGCUCAGCAUUGCCCGAACGACUGGGAGAUUGCAGGCGUUGAGUCGUGGAUAAUUUUUGGCUGUUUGGGAGGGCUCUUUGUGUGCUGUUGAGCGUCGCGUACGCAUCACUUUGGCGGUGUUGGUGUUGAAAAGAUGUCAGGGAUGGGGUCGUUGGAUAGUGAUGGUGGGACACCACAUCCCUCUGAGCUAAAAGUAGAUGGCAAUACAAAGCAGUGGGUGCUUGAACCGGAGACUGAAUACAGGUUCGAACUUGACCCCGGCACGACAUUCGCUAUCAAGCUCGUACAUGGUCAAGCCGAGAUCUUUGGUGCAGAACUCGCGGAAGGCAAGACUUAUUUGUUUGGCCUAGAAUGCAAGGCUGCCGUGUAUACAUGGCAAGGCUGCACUAUCGAGGUCACAGGCCGUCCGUCGACGGAGUACGUCUCGGAAGAGACUCCGAUGAACGUCUAUGCGAAUGUCCACCUCGCCCUCGAGCAGAUGCGCGUCCGGGCAUUGUGUGUGGCCCAUGGAUCCCCGCCUCCUUCGGAUGACGAGGGAGGGCCGGCUUCAAUACCGGAACCUCCGCGCGUGUUGAUCCUCGGACCUGAGAACUCGGGAAAGACGACGGUGUCCAAAAUCCUCGUAAACUAUGCGACGCGCGCAGGGCAGGGUUGGAAACCUAUGUUGGUCAAUGUGGACCCAGGAGAGGGAGGCUGGGCGGUCCCCGGCGCAUUAUCCGCUGCUUCGAUCAGCUCGCCACUGCAGACAUGCACACCAACGACCACCUUCGGCUCGUCAACGGCCUCCGCCCCUACACACAUAUCCUCAAAUGCUCUCGUGCCUCUGGCAUAUUGGUACGGUCAUGCGGAGACGAAGCGCAACCCUUUGCUCAUGGACAGGCUUGUCCGCAAUUUGGGCGAGAACGUCGUGGAGCGGCUGGAUCACGACAUGAAUGGGAGGGUGUCGGGGAUCAUUGUCGAUACGCCCUCAUCGUUCGCGGCCAGCACGAGCGCAGGUGCCGAUCAUAGACAUACGCUCAUCAAGGCUUGCGUUGAUGCUUUCCGCAUCAACGUCAUUCUGGUGGUGGGCCACGAAAAGCUCAACGUCGAGAUGCAGCGCGCAUACAGCACCCGCAUGGCCGUCGUCAAGAUCCCAAAGUCCGGCGGGGUCGUCGAGCUCGACGCGGGCUACCGCGAACGCAUACGCAAGUACCAGAUGCACUACUACAUGUACGGCAAGGUCCUCGAGCCGCCGCCGAGCCUCGCCGGGGCAGCAUGCCUCCAGGGCGGGGAACAGACCCCCGAGCUCACGCUCAACCUCUCGCCGUCGUCGACCAUCGUCUCCUUCAACGACCUCACGAUCUAUCGCAUCGGCGAAGAAACGAUGGCGCCCACAUCCGCACUCCCCAUCGGCGCAACACGCGUCGUCUCCGAAAUGCAACCCCUCCUCGUCGACCCCACCCAGCCCGGCUCGGGCCUCUACAACGCCGUCCUCGCCCUCCUCGCGCCGCCCAACGCUGACGAGUCGGAGCGCUACGACGAAGAGAUCCUCGAUUUGCCCGUGGUGGGCUUCCUCGUCGUCACCGCACUCGAUAUCCCGAAUCGCCGUAUGACGGUCCUGGCGCCCGGCCAAGGCUCCUUCGCAGGUCGUACCGCCAUCGUCGGGUCCUUCGAGUGGCAGGAAUGAUUUCAACGCUU